AUGUCUGCCUCUGACUUAGAGGCCUCUCCUGUGGGGAUUCGUGACGGCCGUGCAGAUGGCCAGGACCCCCAAGACGACAGCAUAAGCAUCAACAGCAGCAGCAGCAGCAGCAGCAGCAGCAGUAGCAGCAGCAGUAUCCGCAUCAGCAGCACGAGCAGCAUCCGCAUCAGCAGCAACAGCGGCAACACCUGCGACGGCAUGUCUAGCCCUGGCAGCAACACGGAGCAGCAGCAGGAGUACGUGAGCAGCGGCGACGAUGGCACCCCGAGCUCCCAGGAGGCCGAGGCUUCAGCCGAGGUUUCAGAGCCAGUAAGCGAGAGAACAAAUGAGGACGAUGCAGCAGAAGCAGCAGCAGCAGCAGCAGAAGAAGAAGAAGGAGAAGGGGCCCAGCAAAACGAUGAAGAACUCUCACAAAGAGCAGAAACUGAAUACAGCGAACAAGACGACAGCUCAGAGCAGUGGGAGGAGGCAGUGAGCAGCCCCGAGGAGGGCAGCAUCCCCUUCGACUCAGAUGAUGGCAGCAGCAGCAGCAGCAGCAGCAGCAGCAGCAGCAGCAGCAGCAGCAACACAGAUUCAGAAAGCAACGCAGAUACACCUAAAGCUGCUGCAGCAACUGCAACAGAAGGCACUGCACCGGCAGAGACAGAGAACCAACUCGGCUGCUCCCACUACCGCCGCAAAUGCAAAAUCGUAGCUCCUUGCUGGUGA